CUGAGCGGCGGUACUGGGAGUGUUUUAUAGCACAGCUGCCUACUCAGCACGACGUUUGGAGACGUGUUGUAUGUAAAAAUACCCGGGCGUUUUUAGAGGUCGGGAGAACGAACGCACUGCUGCACAUUCAGCGAGGACUGUAGCUAAGACAAAGUCAUUCGGCUAACUUUUAAGUGCUAAACAGUCGUCGAGCAAAAUUGAACUUCAUCGAUCGCGGAUAGUUCGUCAGAAAAUACUCAGCGGAAGUCAAACUAGGAUUAAACCCCGUGUUUGGACAUGGAGUUUUUUACAAAGAGCUAUACUGAUGCAUGAGCCAACUAACUUUUCUUUCCUCCACGGUGGUAAAAACGGUUGUGUCGUAGUGGCAUACAUUAGCUAAUGUUAGCACGCUAGCUAGGAGCAUUUAGCUGCCAGCCCAGCAGUAAGUUACAGCAGUGUGCUACUGACCGUGGGAAGGACCUCACAUCUAAUUCAACUUUGUAAAUGACAAUGUCGUUCAUACGUUUUGCAACAGGUAGACCUUUUGCAAGCACGACGCCGCAGCAAAAAACAUCUGAAAUUUAGAAACUUCGCCGAUAUUUAUUGAAUUUUGGUGACUCAGGGUUGUACUGCGGGCAAUGUCAUGAGGUGUAGUUUGUCUUUUUGGCUCGUGUUUUGAAGAUUGCUCCCGUGUUUUCCGAAAAACAAAGUCACCCCAAUGAUGCAGUGCUUGGAGACCGUCUAACCCCUGCUACCGACCGACCAUGUUGGAUCAUACAGAAUAACACCAGAGUUGGACAGGAACAGGAGACGAGCUUCAAGCAGCGCAGUUUUGCUCCAUAUUUUUGUUCUCAUGCGAACAGUAGGAACACACAAGGAAACAUUUAUUUUGGCCUAGGGAUACAGUCGCUUUUUCUGAAGUCUUCGUCAGUUUAUGCAUCAAAAUGUCGGCCAUCUCUGCAUCCGAGAAAGUGGACGGGUUUACGAGAAAGUCCGUGAGGAAGGCCCAGAAACAGAGAAAAUCCCAAGGCUCUUCGCAGUACCGCACACAGAGUGCUCCAGUGGAGCUUUCACCGCUGCCGCAGCUCAAAGAUGCCCCCUCCACAGAGCAGCAGGAACUGUUCACCCAGAAACUCCAGCAGUGCUGCAUGCUUUUUGACUUCCUGGACUCAGUGAUUGACCUGAAGAGCAAGGAGAUCAAGAGGGCCACACUUAACGAGCUAGUGGACUAUGUCUCCACCAAUCGAGGGGUGCUGGUGGAAACUGCGUACCCAGAGAUCACCAACAUGAUCUGCACCAACAUAUUCCGGACUCUUGCACCAAGUGAAAACCCAGAUUUUGACCCAGAGGAGGAUGAACCCACUCUAGAGGCUUCAUGGCCUCACAUGCAACUUGUCUACGAGUUUCUGCUGCGCUUUCUUGAGAAUCCAGACUUCCAGCCCAGCAUUGCGAAGCGCUACAUCGAUCAGAAGUUUGUUCUGCAGCUCCUGGAGCUGUUUGACAGCGAGGACCCGAGGGAGAGGGACUUCCUCAAGACCAUCUUGCACCGGAUCUAUGGAAAGUUCCUGGGGUUGCGGGCCUUCAUCAGAAAGCAGAUCAACAACAUUUUCUUGCGGUUCAUCUAUGAAACUGAUCACUUUAAUGGAGUUGCUGAGCUUCUAGAAAUCCUGGGGAGCAUCAUCAAUGGCUUUGCAUUGCCUUUGAAGGCAGAGCACAAACAGUUCCUGAUGAAGGUGCUCAUCCCGUUACAUACAGCUAAAGGACUGGCACUUUUCCAUGCACAGCUGGCCUACUGUGUGGUACAGUUCCUGGAGAAGGAUCCUACACUCACUGAACCGGUGAUCCGCGGGAUGCUGAAGUUUUGGCCUAAAACCUGCAGCCAGAAAGAGGUCAUGUACCUGGGUGAAGUCGAGGAGAUUCUGGAUGUCAUUGAGCCUACACAGUUCAAAAAAAUCCAGGAGCCACUCUUCAAACAGAUUUCUAGAUGUGUGGCCAAUCCCCACUUCCAGGUAGCAGAGCGAGCGCUGUACUACUGGAAUAAUGAGUACAUCCUCAGCCUCAUAGAGGAGAACAUCGACAAGGUCCUCCCCAUCAUGUUCGGUAGCCUGUACAGAAUCUCCAAAGAGCACUGGAAUCCGACAAUUGUAGCUCUGGUGUACAAUGUGCUGAAGACAUUGAUGGAGAUGAACUGCACGCUGUUUGAUGAGUUGACCGCCUCCUAUAAAGCAGACCGACAACGAGAGAAGAAGAAGGAGCAGGAGCGUGACGAGCUGUGGAAGAAGCUGGACGAGCUGAGGCUGAGCAAUGCCACUCUAGUACAGAACAACAGCCACGGGCUCCAGAGUAUCCAAAACAACAACAACAACAACAAUAGUAAUAAUAAUAAUGACAACCAGGACAAGGCCACUGACACAGCCGCCGUCACCACCACAGACGACAAAGAUCCUGACGUCACCGCGGCAGCCAGUAAGAGCACCCCAUGUGCCAAAUGACAGCGGACGUCAGAUUUUUUAUUCCCUAACGGUUUGACACCGUGUUCAGGACUGUCAGGGGGGGAUUAACGGAGAUGGAAAAACACAAAUUACACCUCAGCAGUAUAUUAAAUCUUAGAGUGACUUAGAAUGCCAGCAUUUCUUUGUCCAAACACAAAAAAAAAAAAAAAAAAAAAAAAGAUAUUUCAACUUAAGACUAUUUUUGGAUGUUACAGUGUGGCUGCAGUAUAUUGUGUAUUUGUCUGAUCAAAGAUUUAUCCUUUCGCAUUUAGUUUCUUAACUGAAAAUGAUUUUUUUUUUGUUAUAUUCAUUGUAUGAUACACGGGAGGGGAGAAAAUAAUAAUGACUUGAAUUCAAUGUUUCUGAUUGUGCUGCACUUAGACAAGCUGAAUAGCUAUUUAAAGAUGUCUAUUUUUUAAUGUGCUUUUUUCUCGUUGCUGCCAACACUUGGGUGCAAACCUUAAGGAAGAAGGGAACUGCAGACUUUUGGGAGUAUUGAGGCAGACGGGACCAGACCCAUAAUUUAGACAUGUAGUUUCCAGAAAUGUUUGUAUAGAAAAGGGCUGUUACUAGGACAGUGAAAGACGGUCACCUGCUGUUAGAGAUGAAUGGUAGGUGCACGGCCAAAAGAAAAAUCCUAUAGAGUAAUAACCUUGGAUAUUGUUUGAUAUCUCUAUGAAUGACUCUAGUUGGGACUGUGGAGUUAAAACUUGUUCACAAUUAUGGUAAAUGUCAUAUUUGUGAGAUUAUUUUUGUGUUUCAGGUGUUGGUAAAUAUUUUUUUAUCUGGGUGAAAACAUAAAGCUAAUACUUGUAACACAACACUUGCUUUUAUAAGAUUAUUUACACUAAAGUAUUGAGACGGGGCUUUCAAAGAAUGAAAUGUUAGAAUUAAAGGAAUAGUUGAGCAUUUUUGGGAAAUAUUGUUUGUCUAUCGGUUUUCCUGCCGAGUUAGAUGAGAAGAUUGAUACAACUCUUAGAAUUGUAUGUAAAGUUUGAAGCUACCACCAUUAGCUGCUUAGCUUAACUUAGCACACAGCUAGCAUAGCUCUGCCCAAAGGCCUACCAGCACCUCUAAAGCUCACUAAUUAACACUUCUAUAUCUUGUUUUUGGGCCUGCAAUUAACAAUCAUUUUGAUUAUCAAUUAAUCAGACAAUUAUUUUCUCCUUUAAUUAAUUGUUUUGUCUAUAAAAUGUCAGAAAAACAGUGGAAAUUCCUGUUGUAAUUUCCCAAUCAGAAGUUGUUUUGUGUUCAAUUUAUCAUCACAUGAAAAAUAAACUUAAUCACAUUUGAGAAGCUGAAAAUGGCAAUUUUGGACAUUUUUGCUCAUUUAAUUAUCAAGAUAAUUUCUGAUUUUCUGUCAAUGAACUAAAUGAUAAAUGAUUACAGUAAUUUCAGCUGUACCUUCUCCGUUUACCCACCCCUAACAGAACAUCAUUGUUUUUACACAGUUUUUUGUACAGAUGAACUAAAGCUCUAUAACGCGUUAAUUCAAGGUGAAGGUUGGCAGAUUUUGUUGUCUGGCUGGCUGCUUGACUCUUAAUGCUAAGCUAAGCUGCUGGUUGUAGGCUGUUGACCGUACAGAUACGAGAAUGGUGUUGAUCUUCUCUUCUGACUCUCUGCAAAUAAGCAUAUUUUCCAAAAUGUUAAACUGUUCCUUUUUAAAGUAGUAGCUAAAACAAGUGAAACCAUGAGACCUACAGUACUAUAUUUUUCCAGAGUAUUGAUGAGGAAAAUAUUUUUGAAUGUUUCAUUUUGCUGAUGGAAUCUGAUGGGAUGCAGGAUGCGCUUGAGUGUAUAUUUGUUGAGUGCAUAUAUGUGUAUAUGAUAGUUUGGAGGCUACUUAAAGGGAAAUGCCACUCAAUUUAAGAUUUUAUGUACAGUAUAUUAUUUCUGUGGUCUAGGAAAGUGCAGUCAGUGCUUAGGAACAUGAAUUGAAAAGACUUUUCCACACAGCUGAUUUUGUGUAUCCGUAACCUUAUUGAGUUUUUAUAUCCAAACAAAGCUUAUUAUGAAGUAGUGAUAUCAAGAAAAUGGACGCUUCACACCAGAAGAUCCCACAAGAUUGUUUUUACAAGUAAACUUUACCAUCCAUGCCUGAUCACGCUCUUUCUCCAGACUCGAUAACCUCAUAUGCGCUUUUGUUUUCCAGUUUGUGAUGUUGAGAGUUGAUAAGCCUGUGUUCAUGAACUCCAUUAGACUGCCAUAGAUCAUGGGAACGACUUCUGAGAGUUUUUAAAUUGAAUGGUGUUCCCGCUGAACCCCGAGUGUCUGCCGUGUACUUUUAUGUUAAUAUUUUAGGUUGAGUCUAUCUGAUGCCUUUUCUGUCAGUACAGCAUUCCAAUCUCUGUGACGUUAAAAACUGCGUGGGGAACCUGUUUUGUAAUCGCAGAUCUUAUGUAGGUUUCACCAUCAAAUAAAGUCUAUC